AAGAUGUCGGCUCGGUCAUGUGGUCAGCUGUGUCCAAUCACAGCUGAUCACAUGUAAACAGGAAAAUGCCGGUUAUCGGCAUUUCUCUCCCCACGAGCUGUCAUACUGACAGAGGAGAGGAGAGCCGAGGAGAGAUCACUGAUGAUCAGUGUGCCCUGAUGAUCUGUGUAGCCCCAGCAGCACCACCUGUCAGUGUCCAUCAGUGCCAGCACUCAUCCAUGCUACCUGCCAUGCCCAUCAGUGCCACAUCAAUGCCACAUAUCAGUGCCCAUCUGAGCUGUCUUUCAGUGUCACCCAUCAGU